AUGGGUAUAAAAAAGUUCUUUAAGAUUAAGCCACCCGAGGAAGUCACUCCUGAUGUUAAUCGGGAAGAACUCAAUGAGUUGGGUAUUCCUGUGAAGAACGUGAACAGGAAGAAAAAAGAGAAAUUUGCAGCUUAUGGGGCGUUUGCCAAGGAUAAAGGUAAGGACAAGUUCUUUGCGCCUCCUGGAUACGAAAAUUAUGCACAACCAGAUGAGAAAGAGGAGUUAGAGGACCUGAAUAAAUCGGAAAUGGAUCCUGCUGCUGAAGAAGAUCCUUAUAUGAGCGCGCCUCCUAAGAAUGAUUUUGACCCUUAUGCGCGCAAUAACUUCGGUAACGCAGGAGGGUCUUCUAAUCCAUACGAAAAGGCUGCACCUUACAGUGCAAGUGGCUCUCCAUACGCUCAAGGAGGGUCGGAUCCGUAUGCUCGUCAGCAGAAUCCGUAUGGGGCCAGUGCAGGCUCGUCAGCGGACCCGUAUGCCACGGGCCCCUCGUACUCCUCCACAUCAGCACCAGUUGUGCCGAACUCUAGUUCUUACAAUCAGGGUCCAGGCGAUCGUGGGACGCCGGCCUAUUCUGGAGGGUCCGACGCCCCCAAUCAACAUCCAUACAACCCUAGACAACCUCGCUCGCGCAAUCCUGAUCCCAAACCGCUCACAAGUACGGCUCAGGGCAAUGUUCCUUCGGGAAAUCCAUAUGGAGGUUCUCCCUACGGUUCACGAGCUAGUACCAACAGCCCAGCUCAUAGUAAUACAGCUGGCAAUCCCUACGCUUCUGCGCCGUCUGCUAGUCUCAGUCGCACUACUUCACGUAAUCCGUAUGGAUCGAUGAAUGCCUAUAACUCCAAUGCGAGCAAUCCAUACGGAUCAAACUCGGGUACCGUGUCUAACAAUCCAUAUGGAUCCGAUGAAGCGACAAGCGGUAGCGGAAGGGGCAAUAAUCCAUACAGUGUGCUGAAAGGUGACAUGUACGGCGGCAGUACGGAGCAAGGUAUUCCUGGCACAGCGAACGCUACGAGAGGUCCAAUACGAGAAGCCAGUAUCAAAGAUACCUUCGAUUUCGAGGCACCUCCACAGGCUGCCGAGCCUAGUUCCGUGGCACAUGAAGACGACAUAGAUCUCAACGCGACCAUCGAAGAUGGUGGCGACGACCUAAACGAAUCAAUUCACGAGGGUUACAGUGGCUACGGAGGCAGAAUGCAGCAAGAGCAGCUGCAACAGCCACACAUGGACCAAGCUCCUGAGCAAAGCCGUGGGUUCCAAACGUUUGAGGAUAUUCAAAGGGAAAAUCAAAUGAGACAGCAGCAGGAAGAGGAUGAGCAGGUUGAUGAAAUAAAACAAGAAAUCCGCUUUACCAAACAGAGCUCUGUUGCAUCCACGAGAAACACUUUAAAGAUGGCCCAAGAAGCUGAAUCAGCGGGUAUGAAUACCCUAGGGAUGCUCGGUCAUCAAAGUGAGAAGCUGAAUAAUGUGGAAAGAAAUCUGGAUUUGAUGAAAAUGCAAAACAGAGUAGCAGAGGAUAAAGUGGCAGAAUUGAAAAAGCUAAACAGAAACAUUUUGGCCGUUCAUGUCAGCAAUCCAUUCAACUCGAAGCGGAGACUUCGUGAGGCUGAAGAUAGGAUAAAGAUGCAGAGAAUGGAAGACAAGAUGAUGCAGGAGCAGACAAAUAAUCAACUACAGCAGUCCACUCAGCGAAUCGAGGGCGCAUUGAUGGGCAAUGGUAACGAUAGCGAAACAGUGAGACAGCGCUACCAAAACAAGGCUAUUCUCGAAAAGGCCAAGCGAUACCAAUUCGAGAAUGACCAAGAAGACGACGAAAUGGAGGUGGAAAUAGACAGAAAUCUCGACAAGAUUGGCCAAAUAAGUAGCAGAUUGAAGAGAUUGGCCGUCGCGACCGGAAGCGAAAUCGAUGCUCAACAAGAUCGUAUCAAGAACAUCGAAGAGGAUACUGAUAACAUGGAUAUAAAGAUUCACCUAAAUACGACGAGACUCACCCAGAUUAGGUAA